AUAUGUCACAUCAGCCUGUCACAUGCCCCCCCCCCCCCCACUUGAUUUACACGAAAAGAUCCUGGAUGCUUCUUGUCGGAUUAUCAGUGGAUUGUGGGGCGUUUUUCAAGAUAUAAAAGUGGGACAUAAGUCUGUAGAGAAAUACAACCUUCUCAUUCAGCCAACAAAAGUUAUUCAAAUGUCAAAACUGACGGUGGCAUGGCAUGACUGAACUGACUCCAGGGGAAAGCCAUCACAGAAUUACCUUAUAGUAAUUGCUUAUGUUUGCAAAAAAAAAAAGCAUCUAGCUUAGUAGCUGUACUUUUCAUAAAGAAUCGGUGAUUAGCUAGACUGAGUGACUCGAGUGGUUUCUAUUUUGAAAAAAAUCGGAGAUGGUAAAAUCUAAUGAGAUGAGCUUUGGCUUAAUUUGUAUUUUCGUGAUGGUGUUUGCGAUUGAAGGUUUGUACAGCAUGUUAAGUGGUUAGCCUUUGUAAUUUUUAAGGAUAUUUACUGCGACAUUGAUAAAUCAAAUUUUGAUGAUAUGUGAUUUUAUUUAAGUACUUGGUGGGGCAAGGCACCUUCGAUACACGUGUAAAAUACUGUACAUUUCCCGGCUAGAGCUCAUGUUCAAAAUUAAUGCCAGGUCCUUUUAAGAAUAGUCACUCACUGCAUCAAAGAUGCUCAUCUAUAUGAUAUUUUUUUGCGUUUGGUGCGUACAUGACCAACUGCACGACUGCGUGGGGAGUGGGAGGCAGCGAAUGAGAGCGCAGCAUGGUGCGCAAUGAGAGUUGGGUGGACAAUAAAAGAUUCACUCGGGAAUUAUUGCUGUAGAUUCUUUUGAUGGCAGUAAAAAAAAAUAUGUUAGAAACAAAGUGUGUUUUUAUUUAUUGAUUUUGUUGCUGUUUAUGUUGUUAUUGGUUUGUAUUUUAUUCUUAAAUGUUGAGAGGGUGGGCUGUUGGGUGAACGGGAGGUGAUGAUCACUCCAUGGCCUUACCCUUUGGUCCACUCGGGUGUGUUGUUUUAAUACAAGGCUGUAAAGGGCGAAGUCUCAACAUCCUGGGCAUCGUGAGAGAGGGCAACAAUGCUCUAAAUCCUUCCGCUUAAGACUGUCAACACUCCUUUACAACUAGCUAGUAGUAGCCCGUCAUUUUCUGGGGGCUGUUGUGCAAACCAUGAUCGGGGUCACAAGACUUUUGGCAUUUUUGGGGGGUAAAAUAUGUUUAGUUUUAUUAUUAAAAACUCAGGAUGAAUGUAUUCUUUACCUUUUGUCAUUUAUCAUUUACAAUUUACCAUUGAUCAUUUAAUAUUUACCAUUCAUCAUUUAAUACUUACCAUUCAUCAUUUACGAUUUACCAUUGAUCAUUUACAAUUUACCAUUGAUCAUUUAAUAUUUACCAUUCAUCAUUUAAUACUUACCAUUCAUCAUUUACGAUUUACCAUUGAUCAUUUACAAUUUACCAUUGAUCAUUUAAUAUUUACCAUUCAUCAUUUAAUACUUACCAUUCAUCAUUUACGAUUUACCAUUUAUCAUUUACAAUUUACCAUUGAUCAUUUACAAUUUACCAUUGAUCAUUUAAUAUUUACCAUUCAUCAUUUAACAUUUGAAUUUUUUUUUUUCUAAAAGAAAGUCUUUCAAAACAACCUUAAAAGUAAUGUUAUAACACUAUCAACAAAUUUACAGCAUCAGACGUAUCACUGACAGCUGAGCCGGCCUCCAUCAAAGAUGGAAUCACGAAGACACUGCAGAUGAAAUGUUCCCUCCAGGUAGAUAUGUAAUGUUAGUGUAAUAAUGGAGAUAAUAAUAAAAAAAUAAUAAUUAUAAUAAACCACCAGAUGACUUUAAACUAAGUCAACUACUCCCUUUUUUUAAUGACUGAUUUGAGCUAAACUGAAGCCAUUCAAAAUAUCAAAGAAUUUACACCAUAUUGGAAUAUUAUAAGCAAAUCAAUUUUUUUUCCUUUGUACACAUGAACAUGCUUGAAAAGGGGCAGCGACCGGGGAUAUUUUUAUAGAGCACCAGUCUUAACUAAUCACGUCCCAUAUAUUAAAUGGUUUUCUUCAAUGGAAAUAGUUCUGGAAUUGGUAGAGUGAAUUUAAAUUUAUUUUGUUUUAUUUAAUUAAUGUAUGUGAAUUUAAAAGUUCAUGAUAAUGCUUGUUGAAUCGUAUGCACAGCGUGGUGAGCUCCAGCUGGUGAACCUCGCUAUGUAAAACCACUAAUAAUAAUAAUAAUAAUAAUAAUAAUAAUAAUAAUAAUAAUAAUAAUAAUAAUAAUUAUAAAAAUAAUAAUAAUAAUAAUAAUAAUAAUAAUAAUAAUAAUAAUAAUAAUAAUAAUAAUUAUAAUAAUACUAAUAAUAAUAAUAAUAAUAAUAAUAACAAUUGAUCAAGAGCAACAUCUAAAUGAAAACUACCCCCUGCUUCGUGUUUGUGGGGUAGAGCAAGAGCUCUCUCUACGGGAAUGGGAACUUCGACUGCGCUCUAUGAUAGAAUAGGAAGUAAUGAUUACGAUUUAAAUUGAGUCUCAAGCAUAAAGUGUCCAACAUAGAGUUUUUAUAAAACAAUUUUUCCAUCAUAGAGUUUUUCAAACACAGAUUUUUCCAACAUAGACUGUUUCCAACAUAGACUGUUUCCAACAUAGACUGUGUCCAACAUAGACUGUUUCCAACAUAGACUGUUUCCAACAUAGACUGUUUCCAACAUAGACUGUGUCCAACACAGACUGUUUCCAACAUAGACUGUUUCAACAUAGAUUGUUUCCAACAUAGACUGUUUCCAACAUAGACUGUUUCCAACAAGGACUGUUUCCAACAUAGAUUGUUUCAACAUAGAUUGUUUCCAACAUAGACUGUUUCCAACAUAGACUUUUCCAACAUAGACUUUUCCAACAUAGACUGUUUCCAACAUAGACUAUUUCCAACAUAGACUGUUUCCAACAAGGACUGUUCCCAACAUAGACUGUUUCCAAACAUAGACUGUUUCCAACAUAUAGUGUUUCCAACAAGGAUUGUUUCAAACAUAGAUUGUUUCCAACAUAGACUUUUUCCAACAUAGAGUGAUUCCAACAAGGAUUGUUUCCAACAAGGACUGUUUCCUACACACAGAGAUUUUCAACAUAGACUGGUUCCAACAUUUAGUGUCUCCUCCAUAAAUUGAUUCCAAAACAUAGAGUGUUUCUAAAAAGGACUGUUUCCAACAGAGAAUGUUUCCAACAUAGACAAAAGCCUCACCAAUUGUCAUGCGGCCUAUUUACUUCAUUUCACUAUAUAAAAAAAAGAACUACUGCAUCCUAAAAUGAAACAAAACGUUGAAACAAAACACAUCAAUGCAGUCAUGCAAAUCUCUCACUUUUCUUCCAGCGCGCCCACCAAAGAGACGAUGCUGCACAAAGCAGAGCUGAGCCAUCUACAAUGACUGUAAAUUCAAUCUCUGUAACACGAGGUAAUGUAGUUCUGUACGACGCUUUGUCUCAUUACGACCUCAUUGACGUGACACCGUUUUAACUUGUCUACCGUAUGAUCUCAGUUCGUUGUUUUUGAAUGCUACCUUUCUUUGGAAUUAUUUCAAUAAACAUAUUUUCUUGUUUUUUUUAACUACUUGUUUGUUUUAACUUGACUACAGUAUGAAUAUUAGUCAUUGUCUUUGAAUACUAAACUUUAAAGAAAUUAUUUCAAUAUUUAUAUAUAUAUAAGUAUGCUUCUUUCGGUGCUUGUUUCGUACACUUUUGAUGAAUAUUUAUAAAUUUGAAGCUCAUUAUAUGCACAUAAAAAAACCACAUGCAUUUUCAACCUCGCUGAUCCCCAGAUAAUUCUUUCAGUUAACUCAUACGUGAACACUCUGUCCGAAUUAGAAGAUUACAUUUGAUGAUUGUUUUCAGAUGACAAGACCACGAUCGCGUCGAUUUCAUCUCGGCACCCGGCCAUUGCGUCAGCAGAUGUGGACACCAUCACGGUCCGUGGUGAAAUAACUCCUGGCGUGGGAUCCAACUAUCUGCUGUUGACGUGGACCAAACCGGGGAUAAACCAGGCCGGGAUCUACACGUGCUCGAUCAACGCGACGGACAAUGCCGGCCGUGGUGUCCUGUACAAAUCGAAUACUUACAUAUGUCACCAGCGUCCUAACGAAGACGAAAUUCUCAAGUAUAUCAUUCAAUUAGAGGACAGACUCUCACUCACCGAAACUGAAGUGCAAGAAUGCAAACAAAGUUUAAAGACUGAGCUCACAGCCAUCCGACUGUCGUUGAACAAUUCACAAUCUCACUUGCAGGGGCAGAUCGACAUCUUGAAGACCCAAGAUGCAACCACCGCCGCGUCUCUGAAAAGAUUGGAGACGGGGGCAUCGUCUCUUCGCACCGACCUGACGGCGAUACAGAAUUCACUUGACAGCUACGUCGCGGAGGAGGGGGUUGUAUACUUCGGAAGCUCCCAGAGUUUUCGACCUCCCGGACUCAACGCUAGAAGCCGCAUGGUGUAUGUUAAGUUCACCAAAACCUUCUCCAAGCUGCCGACCGUCGUGUGCAAUUUGCACGCGUUGGAUGCGGACAAAGGAACCAACACAAGAUUCAAGUAUUAUGCCCGUGACCUGACGACUGCCGGGUUUAAUCUCUACUGCGAGACGUGGUGGGACACGCUCCUGCACGGGAUCGAUAUCAAAUGGAGAGCGUCGAUACCGUAAGGCACCACGGGUGUAUUUUGGUUCGAUCCACAAAGAGAGGGAGAGAGUUCACCGAUAAAGCAAUGAAGUGAAGUGGGAGAGUAUCAUCCCCUAGCAGCAUGAUUUAAUUCAUACUUAUUUACUUUACAUAUAUGUAUAUUUUUAUAUAUCCCUAUACACACUUCAAUCAAAAAUAAUACAUGUUUAAACCAAAUGGGACUGGACUCAAACACCCAGAGGGUAGCAAUUAUACAGCAGGAGGGUAAGAAUCAUACAUCAGGAGGGUAGAAAUCAUAUAGGCGGAGGGUAACACUCAUACAGCCACAGACCAGCAAUUAUAUAGCCACGGGAAAGCAAUCAUAUAGGAAGAGGAUAACAAUUAUACAGCCACAGGACAUCAAUCUUACAGCUACAGGGCAGCAAUCAUACAGCCAGAGGGCAGUAAUCAUAUAGCAAUGCGAAAUUAAUUUAAUUUAAUUUAAUUAGGCAUUUUUAUAGCGCUUACCUUACAGCUCUAAGCGCUUUACAAUUAUUAAAAAUAUGUAAACUAUAAACUGCUAAAGUAAAAUAAAAAGAAAAAAAGGAAGAAAUCAAUCAUACAGCCACUGGGCAGCCAACAUAUAGCCACAGGGCAGCAAGUAUACAGCAACGGAAAAGCAAUCAUACACCCACAGGGCAGAAAUCAUUAGUUUUGUCUAUAAUGUACUCAAAUUUUCACCCUACUCAUAUCUUCUUUAUUGGCGUCACUUAGGUGUUAAUUUAAUAUUAUUUUGGAUUUUAUUUAGAUAAUAUUUAGAAGAUAUUUAGAUGUAAUUAAGUGUUAUAUACUUUUUUAUUUUUUUGUUAUUGAAAUGGAAUCGAAUUAAUUCAAACUGAAUGCAUCUACAUUCUUUUUUUUUAUUGAGCCUUGAAUAAUUUAGACAUCGCUUUGUUUUGCUUAGUAUGUUUAAAAAACAAAACACAAAAAACACUCUGAAAACAAAAACUGAAGUUUCAAGUCUAUUUUAUUUUCUUGUCAGCUUAUAAUGGUAUUUUAAUUCAUUUGUUUUUGGCAACAUCCCAAGUUUAAAGGUUGAAAAAACAUUGUAUUUAAUAAUUUUACAUCACUAUAAAGGUCUACAAUUUUAAUAAUAGUUAUUUAGUAUCAAACAUGCGCAAUCUAUUUUGAAAAUAAAUUUCAUAAUAAAAGCAUGACUUUUAAAGUAGAGAUGACGUUGAUUAUAAAUUGUAUGAUAGAACUAUUCUUUUGAAAAUAUGUUUGUUUGCAUAACUUUAAAUAUAGUCGACUCUGAACACUUUGUGUUGACUUAUACAAAAUGGAAACUUUAAAAAAAAACCUUACAUUUCUUAUAAAAAAAAAAAAAAUAAUUGAAAGGGCGCAUACAAAAAGUGUACAUUUCAUCAACUAUUUCAUCGAAAGGUGUUCGAGUUUUCUUUUAACGUGCUACUUUUGUAACAAUGUUUCCUGAAGAACAGAGGUGUAAAAAAUUCGUAGCCUAUAAUUUUAUUAAGCCCCAUCUAUUUGCACUGAUAUUUUUCUUUAUAUUUUUUUUUCUAGAUAAAGAUCUGUCUGAAAAUUAAAAAAAAAAAAGAAAAGAUUUUUGUGAACUAGCAUUUCGAUGAUCUUGUCAAUUCUAUUGAAGAAAUUUAUGAUACACGUUUUAUAAACAAAAAUCUUAAUCCUG